AUGGCGCUCCGGGGAGCCUGCCUGCUCCUCUGCCUCCUCUCCCUCGCCCAGGUCUCCGGCCAGCAAAAUGGCAAAGUCCGGCAAAAACCGGUGGCUUCCAAGAAAGAUGGUGUGAGCCUCAAAAUGAUUGAAGACCUGAAGGCCAUGAUUGACAACAUCUCUCAGGAGGUUGCUCUACUGAAGGAAAAGCAAGCACUCCAGACAGUUUGCCUGAAAGGCACCAAAAUUCACCUAAAGUGCUUUCUUGCAUUUUCGGAGACCAAGACGUACCAUGAGGCCAGCGAAAACUGCAUCUCGCAGGGCGGCACGCUCAGCACCCCCCAGAACGGGGAGGAGAAUGAUGCUCUCUACGACUACAUGCGCAAGAGCAUCGGCUCCGAGGUGGAGAUCUGGCUGGGCCUCAAUGACAUGGCAUCAGAGGGCAAGUGGGUUGACAUGACGGGUGGCCCAGUCCGCUACAAGAACUGGGAGACUGAAAUCACCACCCAGCCCGAUGGCGGCAAGCUGGAAAACUGUGCAGCUUUGUCGGGGGCUGCCAUCGGCAAGUGGUUCGACAAGAAGUGCAAAGACCAGCUGCCCUACGUCUGCCAGUUCAUGAUCGUGUAGUGGCAGGGG